UAUUUUGAUCGCUUUUAUUGCAACCCUUGUGGAAAAAAUUCAGUUUGAAACGGAAACAACGCACAAUGUCGGACUAACUUCCUAUUAAAAAUUACAACAUCACCGCGCUGGGAACGACGAAAAUGAUGAUCGCUCUUUCAAUUCUCCCAACAAACCCUCAAAAACUUUUCUCAAAUCGUCGUGUCAGAUUGCAAAAUGUUUGAAUAUUCAUUAGUGUGAUUCGACAUAGUUAGUCCGCAGAUAUAAUAUAAUUCUCACAUAUACGUAAACUAUCUCUACUGAUUUUAAUUGUUAUAAGACUUUUAGAAAUCAGUUAUGUUUCAUAUAUCUAAAGUCAAAUAAAAGAGGGUUAUUUGUCAUCAUACGGGGGAUUUCUUUGUAUUGGUAGAUUUCUGAAAAUAGUUCCGCCGUCGAUACUGCGAGCCGAAAGCAUUCAUCUAUUAUCUCUCCACCUACCUCUCCACCUACCGAUAUCUUUACACACACAUUGAUGCUACGACUCCGUCAAUUUGUGCCAGGGAGAUUUGCCCACCAGACGCCCGUACCACGGACAAUGGGACAAACGGUGUGUUAGCGGAAUUCGCUUGAGUGGAUACCCCCACACUGCAGCGCUAGGAGUCUGAUAGCGAGCCGAAGCAGAGAUUUCGACUUCGGCGGGCAGAGGAGCCUAGCCAGUUUCAUUUUAUCUACCUUUCUCAUCUGAAAGGACUAUUUUCUAGAUUUGUGUAGAUAUUCAUUUUGAACUAUGAAAUACAGAGAAGUAUUGGAAAGGCACGUUUUCGUGUGCCUCUCUCUACUUAUUAUUGUCUUCGCUUACUGGGCAGAUGCAGCGGCCUGUGUAGGAUGUCUAUCAGCAACAUGUAUAUGCAAUGGAACGAAAGGAGAAAGGGGUGACAGGGGAUAUGUAGGAUUUCCUGGACCUCCUGGCCCUGGAGGGUUCCCAGGAGUUGAAGGACCACCAGGAUACAAAGGACAAAAGGGAAAUCUAGGAAUUGCAGGAUCAGGAGGACCUAAAGGAUUCAGAGGAAGCUUGGGUAAUCCCGGUAUUCCUGGGAUCCCUGGAAUCCCAGGAGAACCCGGACAAGAAGGACCUCCUGGAGAACCUGGUAUUCCUGGCUGCAAUGGAACAAAGGGAGAAAGGGGUCCAUCUGGACCUACAGGGUUCGGACAACCAGGAUCACCAGGACCGAGGGGAGAUCCAGGACCACAGGGGCCACCUGGUGACACUACUUAUGGAUUGAAAGGAAUCAAAGGAGAACCUGGAAGACUCGGCAGAGACGGAUACCCUGGAACACCUGGAGAUUCUGGGCCAACUGGACCUAAAGGAAUAUCUGGAGAUCCAGGUCUAUUAGGUUCCAAAGGAGCAAGAGGUUUAAAAGGAGAACCUGGACAACCUGGAGUUCAGUACCAAGGCGGUAAAGGAGAAAAGGGUAGCGUAGGUACGCAAGGAUUGCCGGGUGAGUCUUGUAGGGAUCAGGCAGCAACAGGAAACGAUACAACCAUCGUCCAAGGACGUCCGGGUCCAAAGGGAGACCAGGGAGAAUAUGGAGACAAAGGAGAUAAGGGAUUCGUCGGAAUGAAAGGAAUGAAGGGCCCAAAGGGACAGUAUGGUCUGAAGGGAGAGAAAGGACUAUCAGGCCCUCAAGGACCCAGGGGUAAAAUUGGCAAAGAUGGCACUCCAGGCAACCAAGGAAUGAAGGGAUCACCUGGGAUACCAGGCAACCCUGGACCAACAGGAUUCAAUGGUCAACUGGGAGACAAGGGAGACAGAGGACCAAAAGGAAGAGUAGGACCUCCUGGACCACCGGGUCCCUCUGUACCCGUUAAUGACAAAGGAACUAAAGGACUUCCAGGUCCUUCUGGACGUGAUGGGUCUGCAGGACCUAGAGGAUAUCCAGGAGAGAAGGGAAGAACUGGUUAUGAUGGUUUGGCUGGGCAGCCUGGACCACCUGGAUCUGCAGGAGAUAGAGGAGUUCCUGGACCAGUUGGCAUCGGAGAGAAAGGAGAGCCAGGCAACCCAGGUAUCCCUGGCAUGCCUGGACCUAAUGGGUUCCAGGGCUUACCAGGCCGAGAUGGGCCUAAAGGAGACAAAGGUAUGGCAGGACUGACCAUUCAAGGUCUUCCUGGAAUGGAUGGACGUCCAGGACCAGAUGGACCUGCUGGACUGCCUGGGCAAGUUGGAGAUGCUGGACCUCAAGGUCUCAUUGGAGAACCUGGUAAUGGUUUGCCUGGAGAUCCUGGUCCUAAAGGACAAACUGGACGUGAUGGACCUCGUGGUAUACCUGGUGAUGUAGGAUCUUCUGGACAACCAGGAUUACCUGGACCACAAGGCAGCAAAGGAGAAGCCUGCGCUGCUUGCCGCUCUGGUGAGAUAGGACCUAAAGGAGAUCCAGGACAAAGUGGUGAGAUAGGACAACCUGGUCAACCUGGCUACAAUGGCAAUUCUGGACCAAGUGGACCUAAAGGAGACAGAGGUCUAAGAGGCCUUACAGGAAGAGAUGGACAAGAUGGACCACAAGGGCCACCAGGUAGCACCGGCCGUCCUGGGAACAAGGGACAACUUGGCCUUCAAGGAGAGGUAGGCUUUACUGAACCAGGACCAAGGGGAAUUCAAGGGGACCCAGGACUGAAGGGAGACAAUGGUCUGAAUGGAGAGCCAGGACCACCAUGUGAACCAGGUGCCGUCAAAGUCAAUGGAGAAAAGGGGGCUCUGGGACCACCAGGUCCCCCAGGCCGCGAUGGAGUUCCAGGAUACCAGGGACAGAAAGGAGACCGUGGACUCCCAGGAGAUAGCCUCCGUGGAAGUAAUGGAGAAAAGGGAGACCAAGGACCACGAGGAGAGCGUGGAACUUACGGAUCCCCGGGAGACAAAGGUGAAGUUGUUUACUAUGAAACUGGAACACAAGGACCUAAGGGAGAGCCCGGUAAUCCUGGUACUGCUGGGCCUCCAGGACCAGCUGGGCCUACUGGAAAUCAGGGACUUCCGGGUGACCAAGGACCGGAAGGAUACCAAGGUGAGAAGGGCUCCCAAGGACAAUCAGGACCUCCAGGAAACUCCAUUCCAGGUUCUCCAGGAGAGAAAGGUGCCCAAGGCAUCCCAGGAGACGUAGGACAACCUGGUCAACCUGGACCAACCGGACCACUGGGUAACCCUGGAAUCCCUGGAGCUUUCGGCGAGAAGGGAGACUUUGGACCUCAAGGAAACCCAGGUGGACAGGGACUGCGUGGCUUAACAGGACAACCAGGUCAACCAGGUAUCGGAGGAGAAAGGGGUAACAUUGGUGACCCUGGAACAAGAGGUCGAGAUGGUAUUCCUGGACAAGCAGGAGGAAAGGGUGAAACUGGACCAGGAGGGCUACCUGGUGGUCCAGGAAUCAAAGGAGAACCUGGUCUAUCUAUCCCUGGUCAGGACGGAUCGAGUGGAACCCCAGGGAGAGAUGGAGCCCCAGGAGGCCCUGGAGAACCUGGACCCUCAGGCCCACGUGGAGAACCUGCACAGCCGCUCUCAGAGGAGACAAGGAUCACCAGACUUAAUGGUCAGAGCGGACCUCCAGGUCAACCUGGAGACAACGGAGCCCCUGGAAAUGACGGAGAACCUGGUCCAGCCGGACAAAUUGGAGUGAAAGGAUCGCCGGGACCACUUGGACCUGGAGGAUCACAAGGACCACCUGGAUCACCUGGACCGAUUGGAGCACCUGGAGAAAAGGGGGAACGUGGUGGCAUGGGAACGCCAGGAUCACCAGGGCCCUCUGGUUCGCCAGGAGCUAAAGGAGAGCCAGGUUUGCCAGGACCACUCGGUGAGAAGGGAUCCCGUGGACCAGGUGGUGUACCAGGAUCCAAAGGAGAAUCAGGAAUUCCAGGAAGAUCAGGAGGUAUUGGAUCUCCUGGCUCCAUUGGUCUACCAGGACUGAAUGGUGUGAAGGGAGAACCGGGUAUACCAGGAAACAGCGGCAUUCCAGGAGGAAGAGGACUAAAUGGAGAGCCUGGACCCGCCGGAUUCAAGGGAUUCCAAGGUCUUCUCGGGGUAAAGGGAGAUUUCGGUAUCAAAGGACAAAUGGGCUUCCCUGGACCUAAGGGAGACAAUGGCCAGAUAAUCCCAGGACAGAAUGGAGAGAAAGGUUUCCCCGGAAGGAGUGGUAUUCCUGGACCUCAAGGCGCUCCUGGUAGCCCGGGCGAACCUGGAACCGAUGGAUCGAAUGGAGGACCGGGAUCGAAGGGAGAAAAGGGACAACCAGGAAUCAUCAGAGAUCUGCUUGCAGGCUGGAAAGGAGUCAAGGGAGAUCCUGGACGGACAGGUCCUGAGGGGGCAAAGGGCAAUCCUGGUCUUCCAGGGAUCCCAGGUGAGUCCGGAGAUGCAGGACUCCCAGGAUCAGAGGGUAGACCAGGUCAACCAGGAACAUCUGGACCACCUGGACCACCAGGACCAAAUGGAGAACCUGGUCUUAUAGGAAGGACCGGAACACCAGGAGACCCAGGACCAAGGGGAGAACGCGGCUCCUAUGGAACCCCAGGAGAAGAUGGUAUCCCAGGAGUUAAAGGAGACUCUGGAGAUCCUGGCCUCAUGGGACUACCAGGAGGACCAGGUCUACCAGGACCAGGCGGACCUCCAGGAGAAAGUGGAUUCCCAGGUGUCAGAGGAGAAAAGGGUAUUCCUGGAACUCCUGGUUUAUCUGCACUUGGCAUCAAGGGAGAACCUGGUUUCCCUGGACUUAAGGGAGACUCCGGUCAACCUGGUCUAAAUGGUGGAUCUGGAUCAAUCGGUCUACCUGGCAUGAAGGGAACUAAAGGAGAAACAGGCCCUGUUGGUCCUAGGAGCCCACUGCCCCCUGUCAUCCCUGGUCCUAAGGGAGAGUCCGGUAUUCCCGGAGCAAACGGAGACCGAGGAGAACAGGGAGAUAGGGGAGAACCUGGUAGACCAGGAUUCCAAGGAAGGCCAGGAGAAUCAGGAAGCCCAGGUCUUAACGGCCAAAUGGGAGAUCCUGGAGCACCUGGGUUCCAGGGACUCAAAGGAAGCAAGGGAGAACCGGGUCCAAUCCCUAACGUCUUUGAAAUGAAGGGUGUGAAAGGAGACCGUGGUGAGCCUGGUCCCGAUGGUCCUCAGGGACCACCAGGACGAGACGGACGUCCAGGUCCCCAACCACCAGGUCUGACAGGAGAUAAGGGUACGCCUGGAGUACAGGGGAAUCCUGGAGUAAGUGGUGUUCCCGGAGAGCCAGGACUCAAGGGAGAACAAGGAUUCCGUGGGCAGAAUGGUCAACCAGGAGACCCCGGUUUCCCAGGAACCAAGGGCGAGGCAGGUAUCCCCGGUUCGUCCUCUGGAUUCUUCAUUACUCGUCACAGUCAGACCACCUCCAUCCCGCAGUGUCCCCAGGGAACGGCCAAGAUGUGGCACGGGUACAGUUUGCUCUUCGUACAGGGUAAUGAGCGAGGCCACGGGCAGGAUCUGGGCAAACCUGGCAGCUGCUUGAAGCGAUUCAGCACCAUGCCAUUCCUCUUCUGCAACAUCAACAACGUUUGUCACGUGGCAUCGCGAAACGACUACUCCUACUGGCUGUCGACCACGGAGCCGAUGCCAAUGAACAUGGCUCCGAUCAGAGGCGGUCAGCUCCAGCCUUUCAUCAGCAGGUGUGUGGUGUGUGAGGCCCCAGCUCAAGUGCUGACCGUGCACAGCCAGACGGUCAAUAUUCCAGACUGCCCAGACAGGUGGGGGGUCUUGUGGAUCGGAUACAGUUUUAUGAUGCACACCGGAGCUGGUGCUGAGGGAUCAGGACAGAUGUUGUCCUCCCCAGGAUCCUGUUUGGAGGACUUCCGCUCCUCGCCUUUCAUCGAAUGCCAUGGCGACGGCAAAUGCAACUAUUACGCCACCACAUACAGCUUCUGGUUGAGCACCAUUACAGGCAACGCUCAAUUCACCAUGCCGGAAUCAGAGACACUCAAGGCCGGGUCACUGAGGACACGAGUCAGUAGAUGUGCUGUAUGCCUCAGAAAUCAGUAA